ACCGCAUAACCCUAAAAAAAUAAAAAAUCAGACCGCAUCUCUGCCCCCAAAUCCAUGCCCAAUCCCCUCCACCAGACCGCCGCCGCCACCAAACCUUCCCACCACCGAAGCGCACUGCCGCCCCCAAAUCUUCCCACCGCCGUCGCGCGCUGCCGCCCCCAAAGCUUCCCACCGCCGCCGCGCAGCCGCCUUCCACUUAGUCCACCGCCGGCAUAGCCACUCACCACCGCAACCCCUCUGCCACCCACAAAUCGAGACCCUCCACAGGACUGCAAGGCCUCCGCCCCCAACCAUCCCACCACCGAUGGCAGCUCUCCAACUGAGCACUUCCGCCGUCGCCCUCCAUCACGGCAGCCCCUCCGCCCCUCCACCGCCCCCAACAACCAACCCACUGCUGCCGACCACUACUGUCCACUACUGUCGUCGCCUCACUCCAUAGCGGCACCGCCGAGCACCCGAUUGACAUGGAGCAGCACCGUCGUCGCCGAGCCACCCCACCGGCGGCCACCAUCCUCACCACCAACCUACUCACGCACUUACUCCUCGAGCAGGCCUCCCCGAAAGUUUCACCGAGCACCAAGCCGCGGGUCCACCUCCUCAACACGCACCCCCGAAGCAGCAGGUCGUCGACCCUCUCCUCAACAUCCUUUCCGUGGACUUCACUGCCUCCUAUACUUCAUUUGACAGGAAAUCUUAGUUAAAUUGGUCAAGAAUGGAUAAGAGUGGGAUGGGGAUUACGAUGAGAUGCUCAAUCUUAGUGACCAUGAUGAGGUUCAACCUGAUGAUGUUCAAGAGGAGAUCGACCUAGAUGAUUACGAUGAGAUGCUCGAGUUCUUAGGUCCCAAACGACUAGAGAUGUUGAUGACAUGCCAAGUGACGGCAUUGAAGAGCAUGAAGAUGUACUAUGUUGUGGAUGACAAACUGAAGGAUUGGCUAAUGGGAAGCGCUGUGAUGUAUCGCAUGGCCAUACAAGCAUUUGGAAGUGGACAAGUCCAUGAAGAAAGCAGGAAUGCGACCACAAGCAAGCUGAGGUAAUAUGCAUGUUUCUUUGAGAUCGAAUCUUAUUCUAGCAUGCUAGCUGGGUCGUUGAGGUAGAGUGGUAGGCGACAUAAUCAUAUU